AUGGCCACCAGCAGCUCGAGGAGGUAUACUAGGAUCAAGCGUCCUCUCGACUCCAGUCAUGAAAAUUCACCAAUGGCAAGAAGAAAUAGACAUCAAUCAAGGAAAACUUCAAAGUCGACCAAGGAAAAUCAAUCCAUUCCUUCCGAUGAAAAUACUUUCCGCGCAUUAUUCGAAAAACUUUUAGAAACCAGAGAGACUGAACCCGAACGACGCUAUCAUCAAUUAGAGUUAGAUUGUCAAGAACGUUGUCGAGUAUCUGAUGAAAAAAUCGAAUUAUAUCGAAAAAAAUUACAAAGUAUCAUCGAUGAAAAGCAAGACCUGCAAAAGCAAUUACAAGGUGUAAAAGAUAGCCGAGACAACGCGCAUAAUAAUGAUCAACAGAAUCAUUCACAAACAGACGCGUUAGAGCACGUUAUCGAAGAACAAGCGAUGACUAUCAAAGCAUAUCAAAAGUUUAAUCGAUUAGAUAUUGAGCCCUUACCCCUUAGUAGUGUUAAUAAGGACAAAGAAGUAUUCAAAAUUCGAUCACAAGAUUUAAAAGGACUGGAAUUCACCGUAAGAUACAAUAAAACAACCGAGGAAUAUCUGUAUACACCUUGUUUUGAUAACAGCCAAUUGGAUGUUUCUCGAUUACCGCCUCAUUUAUUGGAAGAAAUUUACUUUUGUAACUGCCCAAUGCUGACCGCUCGAAUACUAAUAUCUACCAAUCGUAUAUUGGAACAGCAAAACGAGCAAUCCUAG